AACUCUCGAGAAACGAGUUCUCGCGGCCGGUCGGUUUUGAACUCGGUCUCCUUAGAUUAUCACCAGCGCGACGCGGGUUCUUUGUCGUAGUUGUCGUUUUGCGUCGUCGUCGUCUUUGCCGGGAGAUUCUUUGCAUGGGAGCUUGAUUUUUUGAGGGUUUGAAACGCGGAGUUUGGUUGACCGGCUUGGGUGAUUUGUCCACCAGGGGACGCCCGUGGCCAGUCGGUUCCGGCCCAGGUGCGGAUCAACGGGGUGAAUUCGUGCGUUGAAGGUGCAGUUGUUUGUGUUUUUUCCCGUGUGUGUACGAGGGGUAUCCUGAAAGGCUACUUGGAUGCGGUUCUUUGAGGGGUGUUUGAAGUGAAAUGUUUUUAAAUUGUGAUUAUAACAUGUGAAGAAAGUUCGAGUUGGUUCAACUGGUCAACUGUGGAAAGUUUUGUGAUCUCAAACGAGAAAAAAAGGUUAUCAAGGAAGAAAAAGAUUCAAAAUUUGCACACUCUCGCUUUUCGCGCAAGGAGCGCUGCGUACGAGCGCGUGUGCCGCUGUGUGCGUACGUCUUGCGUACCGUCGUGGUGUGAGUGAGUGAGAAUAAAAACAACCCGCGCUCUACAGCAGGGAGAAACGGAAGAAUCGCGCGAGAGCCUGGUCUACCUGGCGGUGAUGAUGUCAAAGGCCCCCAGGAUGCCCAUGUGAGCGAAUCGCUUGAUGAUUGAUAGUAGGCGCUGAUUUCGCAGAUUAAGCGCGCAAUUGGAGAAGAUUAAUCGCGUGGGGCACAAUUUAAAAACGCGCGCGAUACGAGGAAGAGCAUCGAUUUGUAAGCUGUCUAUGUGUUAGUGUAGAUUGUUAUUUAAUCGAGUGAUAAGAGAGUCCUGAACCCGCUCACCUUCUGAUAAGAGCGCGUGGGUGGUAAUUUUCAUCUGCAUCACCUGGGGAAGCAAAAGAAAGUUCUGCAAGUUCACAAUGUGCGACAACGGUUCCGUUGAGUGCGUGGCCAGUUCCGUGGGAGCCAACGGUACAGGGGCUAACAAUACCGCCAACGGUCUCCUAGUGGAGGCCAUCAAUCCGGUGCUUCACAUGGCUAGUUCGCUGUCGGCGCCCUCGAUGCAGCUACAGGCGGUGCAGCAGCAGCAAGUUCAAGUGCAGCAGAACGAAAUGGUAUCAGCACAUGACCUGGCCAUGGAGAACCACUGGUUGAGGGAGAAGUUGAAGGAGAUAACGGCGGACCGGGAUCGGCUGCUGUGCGAGGUGGCCAAUCUGCGGCUGGAGCUGGACAUGGCGGAGCUGAAGCGACUGCCGGAAGACAGGUAAUUGCAGAUAAAUUGUUGGUGCUGAAACUCAAAUAACUAAAUCAAGUAAGAAAGUUCUAUUAAAUCGCAUUCCCAUAUCACGUCAAAUAUCUAACUCUGAAUGGCGCCAAAACCUGUUGCCUUUUAAAUCUCCACUUUUUUCCACCCUCCUCUUGAAAUAACUUUUCCUUUCAAACACUCUUGAAGAGAGUGGCAGAGCUUGAGAUACGCACCAGAAGCGCAUCUCUCAAUGCCAUAAAAGAAGAGGCUUCCCCGCGUUCGAUCUUGAUGCGACUGAAUAAUCUCGGCUCAAUGGGAACAACAACAAGAAAAAAAACACACACACAAAAUGCAGGAACUUGAGAGAAUGAAAAAUAAGUAUCAUCAUCGACAUUGACCGGCCGGCGAAAUCUCCAUGACUGGUGGAAAAAAAAGAACUCCUCUUUCUUUGGAAUGCAUUUGUUUGGGGUUUUGUUACUUUUUUGUUAGAGUUAUUUAAAUGAGAAUCCUUCUUCUUCUUCUUCGCCACAUAUUUAGCAUAAAUUCAGGAAAAUCAUAACUUGCGGAAACGUUUUCAUGCUAUCUUGUCGUACGUCGCUUUUUGACGUUCCGAGAAAAAUGCGUUUUGACAAUGAAUAAACCAAAAAUAGAGCACGCAACGUAAACAAUAACAAACACGUUUUGUUUGGUUG